AAAACCUAGUAUCGCUGUACUAUCCAUCUAAGGAUAUUUAAAUUUGGCAAUAAUGAAUCGAACUACAUCUGUGUAUCAUUACACGUUCUUUUGAAUAAGAGACUUCAAACUGGUUUGUGCUGAGGCUGCUCUAGUGUCAUAGACAAGCAAUGGAGGCAAAGUUUGUAGAUGAAAGUGAGGGUCUAACUUUCUGGCUAGCCAGACCACAAGACUAUGAAGAGGUGAUGGCCAUAUCACAUGACAUCUACCAAGGCAAUGACUACCUUCCACAUCGUUAUCACACUUGGAUGACUGAGCAUGACAGAGUGGUCAUAAUUGGCAGGAGAAAUGGAAAGCUGGUGGCACUGGACUCUGCACUGGUGGUUGAUGGAGGGCAAACAGUGGUGUUGGAGGGAUUAAGAGUGUGUCCAAGUGAAAGGGGACAUGGAGUGGCUGGAGUUAUCCAAAGAGUCACUGACAGCUACAUUAAGCACGUGUACCCAAGUGUAACAACUAAACGACUGACAAGAAAUGAUAACCCAGGCCCUGAAAAACUCUCCAAGUUUACUUUUCUGGCUUGUCGGGCUAUUCUGUCUUUGUGCGGAGAUGCUGAGAGUUUUGAAGGAUUUGUCUCAGGCCUGAAAUCAAAACUAGAAAAUACAGAGAAAUCAAAUGGGACCUACAGCAACCACCAAAAACUCUUUGUUCUAAAGGACAGCUAUCAGCUUAAGACUCUAGUCUUGGACACUGAUCUUUCCUUGAGACUUCAGCUUCCUGGAGGUGCCAUCAUCCAAGACUGGCAACCCCUGAAACCAAUGGAAAGCAACCUGGAAAUUUUAGAAAGGCGAAACCUAACUUGGUUGGUUGACUGUGUAAAUGAAAAAACAAUGUUUAUGAGCUUUCACACACCGCCAUAUCCUGUGCCAUUUAGCGGAGGUUCUUUGCGCUUCAACAUAGACAUGUUUGGUACUGAUGUAUCUAUUGCAAGAAAGGCGCUGAUAGCACAUUUAGAGCAGAUACUUGAGGAGAUUCAUGGUACAGUCUUGGUUCAUAUCUACAUGCCCCAAACCUUUUGGGAAGACAUGAGACAGUUCUGUGAUGGAGAUGAUGGAGUAAGGCAACAUAGGGAUUAUGGGGAGCAACUAUUUCUGGAGAAAGAGAUGUGAUAAUUCAUAGACACAAUUAAUACAGAAUAUUCUGUAUUAAUUAAAUCAAUAGAAAUCUAUUUCACAUUUUAUUGUCAUGCACGUGCUCUAUAUUGUAUCAUAUAAUAUCAAAUUAUUUCAUUUUUUUAAUUAUAAUUUUUAUUAAAGUUGUUGAGAACCAGUGGCAUGCACGAGAUGUUAUCAGACACUGGCAAGUACGGGAUGGAGUUACAGGACUCUACAUAUGUGAUACCGGUUCUCUUAAUACUGGUUCUCAGCAAAUAAAUAAAAAUAAAUAUACCGAUACACCACGACCAAUUAUGAACUUAUCCGUCAGUAGACAGAAUGAUAUAGAUAGUGCAAAGAGAAGAAGAAAUAGGGAAAGAAAAGAGAAACGUAAGGUGAAUAAACAAAGAAAGAUUGAUGUAAAAAUACAAAAGGUUGAAGAAUUGAUUGAAGAGUUUGAAAGAUUGGAAUAUGAGUGUUUAGAAGAAGACACCAAGGGAUCAGACGCUGUACCUAGACAGCUGGAAGAAGAUUCCAAAAGAAAAGAAGAUUAUAAUGCAUUAUGUGUUAUUAUGUUUUAUUUUCAGAAUGUUCAAGAAAAUUCUGAAAUGCUUUUCUUUUUAUUAUAAUCAUGUAUUCGCAUGUAAUAGAGUUGGUUAGAUUAAUAUUGUUUAUUUUACUGUAAACUUUCUUGUAGUGAAUGCUUAUAAAUUACCACCAGGGAGUAUCUGCACACAAAGUGUUUCAAGGCUUGCUGUUGAAAUGAAGCUUUCUGUUUAUCCGUGGGGAGUGACCUGCACGUGUAGUGUUUUAUAGCUCGCUGUCAAAUUCUAUGGCGGGAGAAAGCUUCAGUUCUAUAUAAUCACAGCCUGAGAAGUCGCAGGAAGUUUGACCAUAUAUAGACAUUAGCAGCGCACACAGAGUCGCUGGCGAGAUAUGUUUGGGAAACCGAGAAGUGUUUAUGAAAUAAUAUGGUAGCCGUCUAAAAGGCACAAAGCCAAUCAAACUGGCCACAGUAAAAAAGUAUAAAAGCCCGUCUUGAAUCACAUUGUGUGUGCAUUCUAUUGUAGACAGCCUUAGUGCAUGUUAUACUUUAGGUGUAUCAUGGAACAAAUGCUAGUUUACACUUGGAGAGUGCUUCUUGGUUUGUUAUAAUCUUUGCAUCUUAAUACUUUCUACUUAUUUUAGUACUGUUUGAUUAUUUGAAGGAAGAUUUUAUUUGCAACUUUUUAUUUUUAUUUUACAUAUAUUACACACACCUAUCUGUAUUACACUACUUUUAAUAAAAACAAGGCCUCCCAUUGUGAGGAUCCUGAAAAGACAAAAA